CUUCUUCCCGGUCCAUCUCCGGAAGCACCCCGAGGGAGAACAUUUGGCGGCAGCAAUUGCAGCCAAGCCAAUCUCCGGCGCCAAACCAGUCGGCCAGUUAGAAGUCAAGACGACGACUUGUUGGGGUGGCCCUGUCAAAACCAAAAGCAGAAAAAAAGAUAUAAAAAAAAGAUGUCGGCGGCAGAACCCAGCCCAGAAUCAUCACCCACCCGACCCUCGCUUGGGAACAUUUCCAGCGUCAUCAAGGGGGAGAUCGAUGCACGGCAUUCCGAAAUCGAAUCGCUCAACCAGAGGAUCCACUCGAACCCCGAACUGGCGUACGAGGAGCACAAGGCCCACGAUGCCUUUGUCACCCACCUCCGCUUCCUCAACUUCGAGGUGACUCCGCGUGCCUACGGGCUCGACACGUCCUUCUCGGCUGAGUUCGGCUCGGGCGGACGCCUGGUCGUGUACAAUGCCGAGUACGACGCCCUCCCCGGCAUCGGCCACGCCUGCGGCCACAACCUGAUCGCCUCGGCGUCCUUCGCCGCCUUCCUGGGCCUCGCGGCGGCACUCAAGUCGUCUGGCGUGCCGGGCCGGGUCCGCCUGCUCGGCACCCCGGCCGAGGAGGGCGGCGGCGGCAAGCUCAAGCUGCUCGCGGCGGGGGCGUACCGGGGCGCGGCGGCCAGCCUGAUGGUCCACCCGGGGCCGGGCCAGCGGACGGCCGAGCCGCUGCGCGAGGUUGCCUUUGUGCGGACGCUUGCCAACGUCAAGGUGCGCGUCUACUUCACGGGCCGCGAGGCGCACGCGGCCAUCGCGCCGUGGGACGGCAUCAACGCGCUCGACGCCGUGUGCCUGUCGUACAACGCCGUGUCCAUGCUCCGCCAGCAGAUCCGCCCGCACGAGCGCAUCCACGGCGUCUUCCGCGCCGUCGGCGACCGCCCAAACGUCACGCCCGCCCACUGUUGCGUCGAGUACUACGUCCGCAGCGACACCCGCGCCGCCGCCCGCCGCCUGUGGGAUAGGGUGCGCAAGUGCUUCGAGGGCGCCGCCCUCGCCACCGGCUGCGAGAUGAGGUAUGAGGAGUUCAACUCGUACUCGGACGUGCGGCCCAGCUCGGCCCUGUGCCACGCCUACGUCGAGGCCAUGCCCGCCGGCACCGUGCGCUACGACCCGCCGGCCCCGGACUUCUUCGGCGGGAGCACCGACAUGGGAGACGUGACGUACGCGUGCCCCGGCUUCCACGGCAUCUUCGGCAUCGACACGGAGGAAGGCGUGGCGAACCACACCAAGGGUUUUACCGCCGUGGCGGGCACGAAGGACUCCCUCGAGAGGGCCGUCGCGUGUGGCAAGGGCAUGGCGCAGGUGGGAUGGAAAGUGUUGACGGAUGAUAUAUUUGCAGCCGAGAUGAAAAAGGAGUGGGAAGCGGACAUGCAGCGCGCUACUUAGCUUUCAGCACUGCCUCCUGCCUCCUUUCGGCUCUUCCAGGGAGUGUCUGGCUCGCACCCCUUUUUUCCUUUCUCUCAAUCCAGAUAUACCCUGAUAGUUACAUUUAUCCUGGUAU